AUGAGUAUAAAACAAGAAUCUGAAGAAAAUAGAAGCUCAAGUGCUUUAAGUACUGGUCAAAGUGACAUCAGUGUCUUGGAUCAAGAGCAGUCUCCAAUUGAUGACACAAGCCUUUGUUCUACAUCACCAAUAUGUGCAGCACCAGUUUGUCGGCAAUUUUGGAAAGCAGGGAACUACAGUGAUGGGCUUGCUUCUAAGUCCACAAUUCAAAAUGGCACAAGUUAUCUACAUAUUCACCCCAAGUUCCUUCACUCAAAUGCCACCUCGCACAAAUGGGCCUUUGGUGCAAUAGCAGAGCUGCUUGAUAAUGCUGUUGAUGAGAUACGGAAUGGGGCCACCUUUGUCAUUGUAGAUAAAACCUCAAAUCGAAGGAAUGGAAGCCCAGCAUUGUUAAUUCAAGAUGACGGUGGUGGGAUGGACCCAGAUGCAAUGCGGCGCUGCCUGAGUUUUGGAUUUUCAGAUAAAAAGUCAAAAUCAACGAUUGGACAGUAUGGAAAUGGCUUUAAGACUAGUUCCAUGAGACUUGGGGCAGAUGUCGUUGUCUUCAGCCGCCACAUGAAGAACAGGAAAUUGACACAGAGCAUUGGUCUUCUAUCUUAUACUUUUUUGACACAAGCAGGAUAUGACAGAAUAGUGGUUCCCAUGGUUGAUUAUGAGGUCAACACAUCUACUGGUGCAUUGGAUAACUUGCAUAGUAAAGAACAUUAUAUAGCCAAUCUUUCCAUGCUGUUGCAAUGGUCUCCAUACUCAACAGAAGCAGAGCUUCUAAAACAAGUUGAUUAUGAGGUCAACACAUCUACUGGUGCAUUGGAUAACUUGCAUAGUAAAGAACAUUAUAUAGCCAAUCUUUCCAUGCUGUUGCAAUGGUCUCCAUACUCAACAGAAGCAGAGCUUCUAAAACAAUUUGAGGAUGUUGGAUAUCAUGGUACAAAAGCAGUCAUCUACAAUCUAUGGAUCAAUGAUGAGGGUACUAUGGAGCUUGAUUUUGAGUCAGAUCCUGAGGAUAUUCUUAUUGCUGGGGAGGCUAAGACUGCAGAGAAAGGUCACUUUCGGACGACAGCAACUGAACAGCAUCUCGCUAACCGUCUUCGUUAUUCUCUUCGUGCAUAUUUGUCCGUGUUGUACUUGCGCAUACCUGAAACUUUCUGCAUACUACUACGGGGGCGAGUUGUUGAGUACCAUAAUAUUGCCAAUGAUCUUAAGUUUCCAGAAUUCAUCUUGUAUAGACCGCAAAGUGGUGGAUCUGUGGAGGGCACAGUUGUUACAACGAUUGGGUUUCUAAAGGAAGCUCCACAUGUGAAUAUUCAUGGCUUUAAUGUCUACCACAAGAAUCGUUUAAUUCUGCCAUUUUGGCAUGUGGUAAGCUACUCCGACAGUAGAGGCAGGGGGGUUGUUGGUGUUUUGGAAGCAAAUUUUAUUGAGCCUAUACACAAUAAACAAGAUUUUGAGAAAACUCCUGUCUUUCAAAAGCUUGAAGUUCGCUUGAAGGAAAUGACAUGGGAAUACUGGGAUUAUCAUUGUGGGCUUAUUGGAUAUCAUCAGGUCAGGAAAAAACCUCAGGCACCAACUACUUCUCAGGUUUCAUCUGAUUUUGGCUCACAUCAUGGUACUCAUCAACCAGUUGUCUUGGGUAGAAGCUUUUCUGCUGCUGGUAGUACAAAAGCAACACCAGCAGGAGCUCAUUUGAAGAGGAAAAAAUAUGAUGAUUUAGCAGAACUUGAUAAGGUGAAACGGAUGGCUGGGUCCAAUCAGGAAAUACAGCCUGCUGCCAUCACUGCAAAUCACUUGGAAGAUCAAGAUGCCACUAACAUGAUGCAAGAAAAUAAAAGGCUCCAUGCGCUAUGCCGGGAAUAUGAGAAGAGGAGUGAAGAACUUAAUCUCAGGGUAAGUCGGCUAAGGAGUGAACUAGGUGAGGCCCAGCUUGAGCAUGGUCGGCUGUUGACUGAAUUGCAAUUGUUGGAGAAAGUCAAGGGUGAAAAUGACGUAAAUUUUUAGCAUGUUUUUACUGUUUUGCUUCCAAUUGUUCUUUUGUAAAAGAAUGUGGUAAUCAGAAGCUUUCAAACCUUUCGAAAAGUUUUAAGGAAAAAACAGCUAAAAAUCAUACGUUUUUCUGUUUCCUUUCCUUCUCUUCUUUGGGAAGAAAAUGAAUCUAAUCGAAACCCAACAGAUCAGUAACAGUUUUAUCUCUUUCAAUUUGUCAUGGCCAUAAGCAAAUAAGAG